AAACCGCUCUCUCCGUGCCAAGAUUGACCAAAAGGUUUGAUAAACUAAGUCCAGUGACAGCUAGGUCACCCCAGCUUUUGUUGUCUUUCCUCCUGACUGAUUCAUACUCCAUCGCAGCUUCUGGUCGAGCUCUGACUUCAGUGCAUAUUGAGAACUGUCUGGCAGCUCACGAGCAAUCGACACAACUAACUCCCUUCGGCCGAAGGCUUAGCAGCUGCAGCAUUGGGUGCCGCUCCAAUCACGUUGGACGCCGGAGCUGUCCCACCAGUGGCCCCUCAUUUCGUUGCCUCGCAACGCGAAUUCCACCCGUCCGCCUUGGCCGAGAGCUGACCAUCGGCCGGUCAUGAUGUAUUCUCCGCUGCCGAUGGGCCCGGCGCAGUAGGUGACGUCGCUGAAGCCGCCCGUGAAGGAGCGCGUCUUGUACUGCCCAUUACCACAGCACGUGUUGAGCGUCACCAGCGCCCGAUAGCGCUGGCCGUCAAACGCCUACAGACAAAGACAUCAUCCGCCACACGGUGUGAUCAUGAAUAAGACGUCUUGUUUGCUCUUCUCUGGGCUGGCGUCUGCCUACGAUGUAAGAGGUGUCGAGGGGGCAAGACGUGAACUCCGUCCGAGCUGCGGAGGAGAAUCUACACUGGGCCUUUGCAGACAAGGGCACGCCGACAAAGACGAGGGCGAGCAAGGCGAGCGUCUUCAUGAGAGCACUUCAGACGGUGAGAUCUGCCGAGUGGAGAGCUUCUUUCGACCCGCUUUCAGCCUUCGAGUGCAGCUUGAGCGAGGCGGAUGCCGAGAAGCCUGAGGCGAGAGGUAUAUAUACGUCUGAGUGCGAAAUCACGGGACUGAUGGCGGAACAGAUGCCGACGAGCGGGAGGGAUCUGAGGCCAAGACACAAGACACCGGGACAGAGAGUGACGACAGAGAGAAGAGAACGGUGGAAGGAGAGAAGAGAGAUCUAUCGGUGUGCGGAUGUGCUCUCAUUCGUUCGAUGUGCUCUUUCUUGUGCGGGAGAGUUAUGAGCAAACCUGCACGACCGUCGAUUUGUUCAGCAGCAGCGGUUUCAGGGAGCACCC